AUGGACUCGAUGUACUGGGACGUCUUCCCCGCGGACGACUCAGAAUCCAGCAGCGACGAGGAGGACAACGAAGGUCCCGUGUGCGCGAUGCAAGGACAGGAAACACUUAUGCAAACGAUGCAAACGGCGCCAACAAAUUUCAACCGCUGGAGCGAGAAAGUCGUCGCUGGAGAAGGCCUGCUUCCCUCCCCGCGCGACCAGCUCCGACACUCCCGCCCCCGUGCCCGAGGUGCUCCUCCCGUCACCGGACGACGAGACUCCUACGCCCAGAAACGGCGCCGCGGCCCCGGUGUACGCGGCCAUGUACACCGCCUCGCCGUCCUGGAUGUCGACUUACACGUCGAGCACGUGCGCCACGACGUACACGGCGGCGCAUGA